CUCCUUGCGUGUAUCACUGUGUUGACAUCCGUUACUUAUUUCAGACAUAAUAAUCUAAUAGAACUCUCUCUCUCUCUCUGCGCUAGGAAACCUAGAUAUCAGCAAUGGCGGGUGGAAAGGUCUCCUUCAAGGUCACGCUGACGUCGGACCCGAAACUCCCGUUCAAAGUUUUCAGCGUUCCAGAAGCAGCUCCGUUUACGGCAGUUCUGAAAUUCGCUGCCGAGGAAUUCAAGGUUCCUCCCCAGACCAGCGCCAUCAUCACUAAUGAUGGUGUUGGUAUCAACCCUCAACAAAGCGCAGGGAACGUCUUCCUUAAGCAUGGAUCUGAACUACGUCUGAUUCCCCGAGAUAGGGUGGGAGCUUUGCGGUCAUUCACUUAAAUGAUGCACUUGUAUCAGGUUGAAGACGUUGUAGGUCACAAUUGUGCUAUUUUAUUUCCUUUGGUGAUCUCAUUCUUCAAGCAUUAAGCAUUUAAUGACGUUAUACAAAUUAGAUAUGUAUGGGGAUCCUAUGUGAUAGAAAUAAUGAACUUUCGAAAUAAAUAUAUUUAUAUAAGAAGCUGGAAAAUUGCAUCUUUA